AUGGGAAAGUGUCCUGUGUGGUCCAAAGAAGUUUUUUGUUGUGCUGGUCAGCUUGCUCAUCAUCCAAGCAUAAUGAGCAGAGCACUAAGAAGGGGAAUUCGAACUCGAAUACAGAGUGGAGAGCAUAUCCGCUCUAGUCAACUUGGUUCAGCUCAUAUGAAGCCCCACUCAAAGAACCAGCAGCAGAGGAGUUGGGCUGAAAUGUGUUGUUUGGAUUGGUCGUGCCUACAGCUCUUCUGGCCCAGAGUCGUCAUGCGCAAAUGGCUCAACAUCUCCGCCAAAGAAUCCGAUUACAGCGCCGACACCGACGCCGAUUCCGACUGUGAUGCCGACUCCGAUACCCAAGAGUUUCCUCAACGAGGAAGAGAAUCAAGGUUUAAAGACAUUAAGGAAGAUGAGUCUGAGAGUGAUGAUGCUAGUGAAGUGCUUCCAAGGGUACGAAGACGAAAGUCAGAGACGUUCAGGGCACAGUAUAUAAACACAAAGGAAUUGAGAGUAUGUGCUACAACAUGGAAUGUCGGAGGAGAAAUUCCACCUGAUGACUUGGAUAUUGAUGGUUGGCUAGAUAUUAAUGAGCCAGCUGACUUUUACGUGAUUGGCCUUCAGGAGAUUGUACCCUUAAAUGCUGGAAAUAUCUUUGGUGCUGAAGAUAGGCGCCCAAUCACUAAGUGGGAAAACAUUAUUCGUGAAGCACUGGAUAGAGUUCGACCUGCGGCAAGUAAGGUUAAAUCCUUUAGCGAUCCUCCGUCUCCAUCAAAGUAUAAGCCAUCUGGUGAUGUCCCAGAUAUAGAAGAGGAGAUGUUACUCCAAAGUGAUAGUGAUGUUGGUGAAGAAGUCCAUCCAUUGGAUGACGAACAAAAAAUUUUGGUGACAGCAACGGAUUUACAAAGGCAAAGUUCUUCUCCAAAGAGAUUAGAUAGGUUAUAUUGCUUGAGGACCGAUGAUUGUUCAUUAGAUGAAGAAACUUCUAGUAUCCAACAAAAUCGAAAGUUAACCAAAAUGCUUAGUGGGUCUGAAAGGAUUGGUUUGAGCUGGCCGGAGCCUCCAUUAAACUUGCUAUCUCAGCACUGUUAG